AAUGGAGUUCCUUUCUUUUCUGGCUACCUUUGUUGUUUUGAGACUUUCUCUUUCCAGAACAACUUUUGCUGUGCUUGAUACCAUUAGACCUUCAGAAUUUAUGAGUGAUAACACAACUUUGGUAUCUAGAGAAGGACUUUUUGAACUGGGAUUCUUUACUCCAGCUAUUUCAAAGAAUCGUUUUCUGGGAAUUCGGUAUAAGAACAUCUCAGUUCAAACUGCUGUUUGGGUGGCAAACAGGUGUGAACCGAUCGACGAUUCAUCUGGCUCGUUGACUAUAGACGACACAGGAAAUCUUGUGCUUUACGGACAGAAUAAGAGGGUCGUUUGGUCUACAAACUCGUCGAAACAAGCACAGGAACCACUUGUUCAACUCUUGGAUAAUGGUAACUUGGUUUUGAGAGAUGAGAAAGACGAGAAUACAGACAACUAUUUGUGGGAAAGCUUUGAUUAUCCUACUGAUACGAUGUUACCAGGAAUGAAAUUGGGAUGGGACUUGAGGAGAGGUCUCAAUAGACGUUUAUCAUCGUGGAAGAGUUCCGAUGACCCCUGCGAUGGAGAUUUCACUUAUGGGAUUGAGCUUGAUGAACCACACCAUACAUACCCUCAACUAUUUAUCCGUAAUGGGUCUGCAAAAUUGUUUCGAGAAGGGCCUUGGGAUGGCAUAAGUUUCAGCGGAGCUUUUAAUACUUUAUCAUAUCCUUGGUACGGGUCUGAUUACGAAUUCGUGCACAACGAUGAUGAAGUUUACUUCACUUACAGCGUCAACAGUACAUCAAUGAUCUUAAGAAUUGUCCUGGGCAAAAGAAUUGAAUACAAAGAAUGGAGAGAAGAAGACAAAAUUUGGCAUUCUUAUUACACAAUUCCAGGAGACCAGUGUGACUACUAUGGCAUCUGUGGAGCUAAUUCAGAAUGUGGUUCAAAUGAAGUGAAUAAGCCAAUCUGCCAAUGUUUAGAAGGGUUUAAGCCAAAGAAUCAAGAAAAUUGGAAGGUGAUGCAUUGGUCAGAAGGGUGUGUGAGAAACGGUUCUGUGAGCUGCGAUGAUAAAGAGAAAGAUGUGUUCCUUGGCUUUUCUGACUUGAAAGUGCCCAAUGCUCAAUAUAUUUGGGCAAAUAAGAGUAUGAAUCUGCACGAAUGCAAUGCUAAAUGCUUGAGCAAUUGCUCUUGCAUGGCUUAUGGCUUUGAAGUCAGUGACUGCGUUCUCUGGUUCGGAGAUCUGUUUGAUAUUCGACAAGCUCCUUAUGGCCGACAAGAUGUAUAUAUUCGAAUACCGUUUUCAGCAACAGCUCCAAAACUUUUUGAUGAAAAAGAAAGAACUGAUCGUAAUCAUAAGUUCAAGGUGGAGAGAGCAGUGAUAAUUAUUGCUAUCAUAGUCGGAUUAGCUGUUGGGCUUAUUAUUUUAAUUGGGUUUUACAUUCACAGGAGGAGGAGACAUUAUUGCCACUAAUAAUUCAUUUGAGAUAAACGAAAGCCAAGAUGAAGACUUGGAGCUUCCAUUGUUUGAUCUGCAUACAAUUAUUACUGCCACUAGUAAUUUUUCAGAGAAUAAUAAGCUUGGAGAGGGUGGUUUUGGA